AUGGCGCCCCGCGGGAGGAAGCGAAAGGCCGAGGUAGCGGUGGUCGCAUCGCCGGAGAAGUGGGAGAAGCCAGCCGGCCGCCCGGAAACGGUGGAGGCGACGGUGGUCGUCAUCGAACACUGCACGAGCUGACGCGUCUACGGGCGCAACGCCGCGGCCCUGGGCCAGGCGCUGCGCCGGGAGGCCCCCGAGCUGCCAGUGCAGGUGAACCCAGCCAAGCCCCGCAGGGGCAGUUUCGAAGUGACGCUGCUGCGCCCGGACGGCAGCAGUGUGGAGCUUUGGACUGGGGUGAAGAAAGGGCCCCCACGCAAACUCAAGUUCCCUGAGCCUCAGGAAGUGGUGGAGGAGCUGAAGAAGUACCUUUUGUAG